AUGUGGUGUGUGCGUCAGGUGCUGGCUGGCUUCCUGGGAUUCGCAGGCCUGGCAUUGACCGCCUCGGCCAAUGCCAUCGACAUCCAGGACGAGCGCAAGGUCAGGGAGAGGGGCUUUGACCUCAUCUACGAGGCUCGCGAGCUCGACCUGCCCCAGGCCGUGCGUGACGGCCUCGUCCAGGCCAGGGCCUCCAUCCCAGAGACCAAGAAGCGCAUCCAGGAGAGCGAGAAGCGCAUUGACACCUCCCUCGACGGCUUCGUGAAGAAGCAGUACUGGACGAACGCCCGCGAGGAGCUGCGUCUGCAGGCCGGCACACUGCGCUUUGACCUCAACACCCUCAUCGCCCAGAAGGACAAGAUCAGCAGGAAAGCCGCCGAGGCCCUCAAGAAGGACUUCCUCCUCAAGGUCGACGAGCUUGACUACGCCAUCCGCAAGAAGGACUCUUCAAAGGCCAACAUCCUCCUGGCCGAUGUCCAGAAGUCCCUGGACACCGCCAUUGCCGGCAUUGCUGCUUAA